AUGAAUUGUAGCAACAGGGCUCAUUUGUCUUCAUUGGCUCAGGGUGCUCGUGUCGGGAAUCUAAUUCAUAGGUUCUCGGCGAGCAAUGAAAAAGCAAAGACUAAAAACGCUGCUGAAAAUGGAACACUUGCAAUGCGGCCAUUUCCAUGGGUAUUUACGGCAUUACAAAUGAAACUCUGGGAGAUGGUUGUCUAUUUCGUUAACAAAUUCUGUCAUCUCUUGCUUGAUGCAGAAAUGCUUAAGGAAGAAACUUGUCCGAGACCUGAUGAUGAUGAUGAUGAAUUGUAG